CUCCCACAGUAUGGCCGGCGACAUUAGCUAGCGCUCGCUCUACUCUCUCUAACGGGGAAACAGCGGACUACAAGAGACUGAGCUGUAUCUGCCUCUAUUUCCAACAGACUCACGUUCAACUUUCGCUCACCCACACACACAAAGCCGGGAAAAUUUUAUUAAUCCUUUUUUUAAAAAAAGUUAAUAUAAAAUUAUAGCAAAAAAAAAAAAAAGGAACCUGAACUUUAGUAACACAGCUGGAACAAUCCGCAGCGGCGGCGGCGGCGGCGGGAGAAGAGAUUUAAUUUAGUUGAUUUUCUGUGGUUGUUGGUUGUUCGCUAGUCUCACGGUGAUGGAAGCUGCACAUUUUUUCGAAGGGACCGAGAAACUGCUGGAGGUUUGGUUCUCCAGGCAGCAACCCGACGCAAACCAAGGAUCUGGGGAUCUUCGCACCAUCCCAAGAUCCGAGUGGGACAUACUUUUGAAGGAUGUGCAAUGUUCAAUCAUAAGUGUGACAAAAACUGACAAGCAGGAAGCUUAUGUACUCAGUGAGAGUAGCAUGUUUGUCUCCAAGAGACGUUUCAUUUUGAAGACAUGUGGUACCACCCUCUUGUUGAAAGCACUGGUUCCCCUGUUGAAACUUGCUAGGGAUUACAGUGGGUUUGACUCAAUUCAAAGCUUCUUUUAUUCUCGUAAGAAUUUCAUGAAGCCUUCUCACCAAGGGUACCCACACCGGAAUUUCCAGGAAGAAAUAGAGUUCCUUAAUGCAAUUUUCCCAAAUGGAGCAGCAUAUUGUAUGGGACGCAUGAAUUCUGACUGUUGGUACUUGUAUACUUUGGAUUUCCCAGAGAGUAGGGUUAUCAAUCAGCCAGAUCAAACCCUGGAAAUUCUGAUGAGUGAGCUUGACCCAGCAGUUAUGGACCAGUUCUACAUGAAAGAUGGUGUUACUGCAAAGGAUGUCACUCGUGAGAGUGGAAUUUGUGACCUGAUACCAGGUUCUGUCAUUGAUGCCACAAUGUUCAAUCCUUGUGGGUAUUCAAUGAAUGGGAUGAAAUCGGAUGGAACUUAUUGGACUAUUCACAUCACUCCAGAACCAGAAUUUUCUUAUGUUAGCUUUGAAACAAACUUAAGUCAGACCUCCUAUGAUGACCUGAUCAGGAAAGUUGUGGAAGUCUUCAAACCAGGAAAAUUUGUGACCACCCUGUUUGUAAAUCAGAGUUCUAAAUGUCGCACAGUGCUUUCCUCGCCCCAGAAGAUUGAAGGUUUUAAACGUCUUGAUUGCCAGAGCGCUUUGUUCAAUGAUUACAAUUUUGUUUUUGCCAGUUUUGCUAAGAAGCAGCAACAACAGCAGAGUUGAUUAAGAAACAUGAAGAAAAAACGCAAAAAGAGAACACACAUAGAAGGUGGUGGUGGCUGCUUUUUAGAUAUUGAUACCAAGGGCCAUGCUUUCCAUAACCACCACCUUGUAGUUGCAGAAAGCCCUAGAUGUAAUGAUAGUGUAAUCAUUUUGAAUUGUAUGCAUUAUUAUAUCAAGGAGUUAGAUAUCUUGCAUGAAUGCUCUCUUCUGUGUUUAGGUAUCCUAUGCCACUCUUGCUGUGAAAUUGAAGUGCAUGUAGAAAAAACCUUUUACUAUAUGAAACUUUACAACACUUGUGAAAACAAUUCAAUUUGGUUUACACACAGUGUAAUAUUUCUCCAGGUGUCAUCCAAAAUUCCCCACAGACAAGGCUUUCGUCCUCAUUAGGUGUUGGCCUCAGCCUAGCCAUCUGGGACUGUUCUAUUAAUUGCUGCCAGGAUUUUACAUCCAGUUACCUCCACUUUCUAGAACCUAUUCUCUACUAAUGUUAUUGAAAACAAUUUCUACUUCAUACAGAUGUUUUUGCAACAGCAAUUAAAGUUUUUCUUCCAGGAGUCGAGUCCUCUAAGAAAACAAUUGGAACUAUCCAUUCUGUGUAUUUAUAUUUUAACACUGCUUCCUGUACUUGUAUUACUUUGAUUCCUUCCGUUACCAUGGUGUCUCCCCUCCCAACCAUACCCCCUCAAUAAAGCAAUACACUGUUAAAAAAAAAAAAAAAAAAA